AUGAUACUGAACAUUGUCAUAUUGGGAAAUCCUGAAGCCAAACGUUUAUAUGAAGAAUUAAUGAAAGUUCGUUCCUAUAACAAAUUAAUUCGUCCCGUUAAAAAUAAUAAUGAAAAGCUAACAGUUUAUUUGGGUUUAAGAUUAACGCAGUUAUUAGAUGUGGAUGAAAAGAAUCAAAUUAUGACAUCAAAUGUAUGGUUAAAACAGACAUGUUUGACGUAUGAUGAGAAUGCUGAUGGUAACUAUGAAGUAACUUUAAUGACAAAGGCCACUGUUUAUCACGAUGGACGAGUUAUUUGGGAGCCACCUGCAAUCUACAAAUCAUCAUGUACAAUUAAUGUUGAAUUUUUUCCUUUUGAUAUUCAAAAUUGUCAAAUGAAAUUUGGUUCAUGGACUUAUUCUGGUGAACAAGUUGAUCUAGUUCAUAUAAAUCAAUCAAAUGGUUCAACACCUGUUUAUGGUAACAAUAAAAUUGAUGUAGCAAUUGAUUUAACAGAUUUUUAUCGAAGUGUUGAAUGGGAUAUUAUGGAUGUUCCAGCUCAACGAAAUAUUCGUCAAUAUACAUGUUGUCCACAAACUUAUCCGGAUAUUACAUUUUUCAUUAUUCUUCGUCGUAAAACAUUAUUUUAUACAGUUAAUUUAAUAAUUCCAUGCGUAGGAAUAUCAUUUUUGACCGUAUUAACAUUUUACUUACCAAGUGAUAGUGGUGAAAAAGUCGCAUUGUGUAUUAGCAUAUUAUUAUCGUUGACUGUCUUCUUUCUUUUAUUGGCCGAAUUGAUACCACCCACCUCAUUAGUAGUACCAUUAAUUGGCAAAUAUCUUUUAUUCACAAUGAUACUCGUUACAUUAUCGAUUGUUGUUACAGUAGUUGUUCUUAAUAUUCAUUUUCGAUCACCUUUAACUCAUCAAAUGCCUCAAUGGGUUAGACGUGUUUUCUUACAUGUACUACCAAAACUAUUAUGGAUGAGACGACCUAAAUCAACAAUUGAUCCAUUUUAUUAUCGUUCUCCUGGUAAAAGUAAUAAUACAAUAGUAGUAAAAACAGCAGCUACUCCAUUGAGAACAACAACAACAACGACAACAUUGACAACAUCUAAAAGAAGUCCAUAUCAGAUAAGAAAAAAUUAUCAUGCUGAUACAUGUUUAUUAGAUGAUUAUGAUAAUACUGAUUGUUUGGUAGGUGGUGAAGGCAGUGAUGAUAGAAUUAAUUCACAUUCAGAAACAUUUUAUCCAUCUGAGAUUAAAAAAGCUUUUGAAGGACUUAGAUUUGUUGCCGAACAUAUGAAACAAGAAGAUGAAGAGAAAAAGAUUAAAGAAGAAUGGAAAUAUGUAGCAUUAGUAAUUGAUCGCUUGUUUCUAUACAUAUUUACAACGGCAUGUAUUGCAGGAACAUGUGGAAUUAUUCUUCAGGUGGACUGUUCCUCCUAUUAUAGUUGGAUCGUAGGUAAUCCUGCCGAUGUUGUUGUUUCACCUAAAUACGGCAUUUUACUUGCUGGUGGUAGCACUGAUCAAGAUUCAGCCAUGAGAUGGUUUCUUCAACAAUGUAAUGGUGGCGAUGUUAUAGUGAUUCGAGAUGGAAAAAAUGAAACAAUACCACGAGCUGCUGAUGGUUACAAUGACUAUUUAUAUUCAGAAUUAGGCAUAAAAGUUGAUUCUGUUGAAACCGUAUUUUUAAAUAAUCAUCUUAUGGCCAAUGAUACGACAUUGAUUGAAAAAAUUCGUAAUGCAGAGUGCAUCUUUUUUACAGGAGGUGAUCAAUUCUAUUAUAUGGACUAUAUUGAGCAUUCUCUCUUAAAAGAUGCAUUGGACUAUGUUAUAAAUGUAAAAAAAAUUACUGUAGGUGGAACAAGUGCUGGUACAGCCAUUCAGGGACAAUAUUAUUAUAGUGCAGAAAUGGGAACAGUAGUUUCACAAGAUGCACUUUUGAAUCCAUUUAAUUCAAAAGUAACAAUAAGAAAAAAUUUAUUAAAUCAUCCACUAUUAAUUGACACGAUUACAGAUCAACAUUACUCAGAACGUGAUAGACAUGGUCGUCUCAUAGUAUUUAUGGCAAGGCUUAGUAAAUCAUGGAAUGUUAUACUCCCACGUGGAAUAGGAGUUGAUGAAAAAACAGUAGUUACUAUUGAUGAAAUAGGAAAAGCUCGCGUAUUUGGUAGUGGAAAUGCUUAUUUUUUAACACAAUAUCUACGCGAAACAAAACCAGAACGAGUUGAAAAUGGUUUCCGUUUAGAUUGGUAUUGUGAUAAGCGUGCACUCGAGGUAUAUAAAGUAGCAGGUACCAAUACAGGAACUAAUUAUUUUAAUUUAGCAACAUGGAUGGGUGGUAGCGGUGGACAAUGGAGUUACUACUAUGUUAAUAACGGUGUAUUGAAUAAAUAG